UCAAUCAGCGCACAACCUCGCACUCAAAGCAAUGAGUCGACGAUGUCCACCCUGAAGGCCAUUCAUCCCUCGCUCAGUUGUAGUCUCUGAAGUAAUUCGCAUCAGUCGAUGCUCAUGUUGCUGAUGUUUUACAGUGGAAAUCGUCUCACUUCUGCAAAAUUUCCUUUCUCUGCAGCAGGUUUUGUAGCGUGAGCUCCCUGCUUCUUCCCGCUGCUCACUCCAAGCUUUGCAUUGAUCUGUGGGUGUGAGUGGGAUCCAUUCGUUCCAUUGUUGAUUUCGCGAUCGGUACAUGAAUCGUUUCUUUCAUGUUUAUUUUCCACUAGCUGGUUCGUGAAAUGGGCCCCGAGAGUAGUAGCUGGGGUUGGGUAAGGUUGACUGCUUUACUCGUCUUGUUUUGGGUGUGUCGUCGAAGAAGUGUCCAGUUUUAAUUGAAGCCGGGAACACGGAACAACUGAAAUCAGAUGAUCACAUGCUCAGCAACGGUUUUGAAUUGUGGAUGACGUGUAGUAGCGUCUAAAGGACGGUCGAAUUGGUCGAAUUGGUCGAAUUGUGGAGGUUAAGGCUAGGGUUUUAGGGGUUAGAGAUGGCGAGGACUGUGGAGCCAGACACCGCCCCACCGGCAGACACGUAUUUCCCUCUAAUAUUGGGGCCUACCAUAUUGGAGUCGACUUCGACUCGAUUUUAUUCUUUGAGAUAUGAAUUCAAACCGGCCUCAAUUGACACAGGCAGUCCCGGCACACUUCACAAGGGUGUUGAGAACAAGGUCACAGUGGAAUUUUCGAAUAACCAGGCUGGGAAGCCCAAAGUAGCUUUCCAAGGGAACAUUGAGGACUGCAAGGAUAUGGAUGCUGUCAUCUUCUUCGAUGGACAAAAUUUUCGGCUGGAGCGGUUGCAUAGAGCUGUGAAAAGCCUUCGGCAUCUCAGGCAGGGAGAGACGGCUGCGGCUUUAGCUGGAUGCGGCGGUUCGGGAGCGGUAUCUCCCAUCCAUUCAAAUGGGGGAUAUAACAAUGCAGAGAAGAACGCCUUCAAAGCUCAUCAUGUCACAGAGACUAUCACAGAUGAACCUGAUCCUGCUCCCAAGCCUGAAGUAGCUCUAGCAUCUGCCCAAAAGAAGCCUGCAAAGAAGAAAGGAAGCUCUUCCAGAGCUUUUAAUAAGAGAAAUUCUGCUGUUGAUGUCAAGGAGGCCUCUCCUGAAAUAGACAUAGACGAACUCGAGAUUCAUGAACCAGAACCAGAGCCUGAACUAGAGAGAGAACCGGAAUUGGAACCGGAACCCAAGAAAACUAAACAAGCAGCUGCUCCGGUUGAAGAGGUUGAUGUAGUUGGGGACGAAUACGAAGAAAUUGUAGAAGUUAUCGAGGAGCACAGUGAUUAUGAGAUCUUCAGCGAGGACGAGGAAGGUGAUGGAGGUGGAAAGUCUGGGUCGGAUCCUGCUGCAACACAGGCAGCCGCUGCAGGUGGAAAGAAGAGUUCAAGUGAAAGUGGUAGCAGUAGUAGUGACAGUGGUAGUGGUAGCAGUAGUAGCGAGAGCGGAAGUGACGAUGAUGAGUCAGCGAGCUCAGGAGAUGACAUUUAGUACUGUAUUCUUUAGUAGAGCUUGGUGCGCAUUUGCUCCAUGCUUUUAGCUCUUCAGUGGUUAGGUCUUGUUGGAUUUUUCUGUAGGUUCCAGUUGAAGCGACCAGAGAAUCGAUCCUGAAAAGUGGGGCUCCUUAAGUAGGUGUCCUUCACAACCACCAGCCAUGAUCAUGGCUCAGGAAUGUCAUUGCUUCUACCACUGAACCUGGUUCAUAAGUAAUGUAAUAAGGAUGAGCUCUGAUUUGAGCUGUCUGGUUUGUGAGUACUUCCGAUUAGAAGGAAGUGGCAGUUGCCAUUGAUUCAAAGUUAUAAUGCAAUUUUUAA